CUUCAAGAGAUAUGGUUUGUUUACCAUGAAUGGCGACCCCUAACUGCAAUUUAUUCUCAGCAGAUGGUUCUGGACUGAAUUCCUGGAUUCUACAUUGAGGAUUUGUGUUUGAUACAACUAUUUAGAUUGGAUGGUUACACUCAUGAAAGACCCAUCAACAAGGCGGAUCAUAUUUUUCAUCCAUAUCCUGACAUCAACCUGAGCUGGACAGGUGAUGCACAUGACAGAGAGAAAGCUGUUGACAUCAUGAGCUGUGUGGAAAAACGGCACAUGAGCCAUAGGGUGGGAAGCAUGCUUCACCAUCGCUUCCCCAAUGGCUUCACCGACUUGUUCAUGGACGACACUGAUCGAGAGGUCAGCACUCUCACUGAUCGAGCCUUCCGCAGUCUCUGCGUUGGAGAUGACGCAGUUUACAAUGACGAGUUAUUGUAUGGAUACUCGCCUUUUAGUUGCCACAAACCUUUGGUGGGGGAGCCUCUUAAAAAGACUCAUCAUAAGGAAGCUAAAAAGCAGGGACAAAACAAAAGUGAAAAACUAUAUACCCAACCCUGGAACCAGCAGCAACAGAAGAAUAUGUCCCACAUGUCAUCUUUCCUCAAAGCAUUUAGUGCUACAGAGGAAAGCUGUGAGGGGAUGUUAAUAAAAAAUGGAGGUAUGACAGACAUUAAGGGGGAAUCCUGGGAUAAGUCAGCACUUCGAAGCAUUCAAAGAGAGCUAUCAGAGUUCUCCUCGGAUUACCCCACAAAUCUCACAGAUGGACAUUACAAGAACUGUCAUGGACAUCACUCUGGUGAUGGUCCAUCAUCCAAAACAGGCAAAGAUGUCGCCCUUCCCUCAGGGAAAUCCUCAAAGAUUAAAAAUGGGAAAUCUACUGUCAAACUCCGAAAACUUAACGUCAAAAACUUUUUCCUCCACAGUGAGUUAAGCCCUUUUCAAACAUGGACAGAUUUUAACCGGUUUCCAUUUGGCCAAGAGGAUACAGUUCUACCUUCAGAUAGUAUCCCUAAGUGGUACGACUUGCCUUUUUACAAGGAGCUGACAGAGGCACACAAACAAGAGACUCAGCAUACAGAGGAGGUGCAACCAUGCCAAAAAACAGCUCUUGAGGCCCCUCCUUCCGCUGCUCCCAAACCCUUUCCUCCCCCUCCGCCACCAAAGGUCCUGCCAAAGCCCUCAGCUGCUCCAGCUGAGAAGAGGUGUUCAUCGGAUGGAGGGGAAGGGAAUGCUGCCCCCUGGAGGCGCAACAAGUCCAGGGCUAAAAGUGUGAUUCCAGUCAAUCAGUCUGGGAUAACACCACAGGAAAAUAUUUCAAAACAAGUGGAUGAAAGUCUGUUUUUUUUCAAAAAGGAAGCUAGAUCUGUGGAGGUGAAAGCUGUCGAGGAGGUCAGCUCUUUGGCAUCUACUCCUUUUAGCAUUUGCCAGCUGAUGACUCCCCUUAUUCCCUCCAGACAACCAACAGAAACAUCAGAAAUCCUCCAAGGUGUCCUCUCACCCUCUGCUCUUGACCUUCCACUACGACCACACUCUGAGGCCAAAUUGACCCCUGAACCUCCAGUCAAGCGGGAAAGCUACAAAUCACUUGCUUCGAGCAUCCUCUUCAACCUCAAAGACAACAGGAAAAGGGUAAAAAGCCGUUACAGCCCACCUAAAUUCAAAACCCUAGAAGUUCCUGAGGCUGACACCCAAUCUCCACAAUCAGAUUCUAUAAAACAUUCACGAGCUGGCUCUGAGGGCAAUGUGUCUGGUUUAAGCACUCCUGCCAUUUUAAAAGAAGGACUGGCAGUAUGCAGUCCUGUUUUAGAAGUAAACAGUAGCCCAACUGUUGGCCUUCCUAAGCAUGAUUCUGAUGGACGUCUUUCAGAUGAUUAUCUGUUAUCAAAUCUAUUGCAAACUAAAAGAGAUGCAGCAGGUAACAGUAGUCUUAGUGAUGAUAAUCCAAUGUCUCCCUUCAUUCACUCUAAAAAGACCAAGAGUUCCAUGGCUAAAAAGCAAAACUACCCUUCCCUGAAUUUGUACAAGAAAACUAGCCCUGUUGACAGUGAGAUGAAAUAUCGUCAAGUCCCUCCAAACACUGGUGCUAUACACAAAGACCAACCAACUGAGACAAAAGAACGUUCACCAUUCGCACGUAAUAAAGAACUCUCCCCAAAAGUACUGAAAACAAACAUAGGGUUGUCUCCGAAUUGUUCUAAUAUCAACAAAGACCGUUCCCCCUUAAUUCCACCCAAUGUACUUGAGAAAGAAGGUUUGUCAUCAAAUGCAUCAGUAUGUAAAAUACCACCAACUGUACCGGACAAACCAAAACAACCGAUGAAAGACUUAAGAGAAACAGACUUUGGGUUGCAGCCUGUUAUUUCCAAGGAAAAAGAUACAAGUAUCCAACCCUUAAGCACAAAGGAAGUGAUUAGAGCAGCAAGGGAAGCAAUUAAUGCAGCCAAAAACAAGGCUCUGAUGGCAUCUCAAUCAAAUAGCAUCGAUAAGACCAUUUUAGACAAAGAAGAACUGAAGGAGAAAGAAGUAGACAAGACGGUUGACUAUUCAAAAGAAAGGUUUAGUUACAAGAGCUUAGUUCCAGAAAAUAGCAAUGUUUCUUCUCAAAGUAGAAGUGAUUCAACUGGUGAUACACUUGUCCAAAAGGGCAAUAUUAAGAAAGAGCCCCCACCAAUUCCAAUGAGAAAUUUUGUUAAAUCUGAUAUUCAGCUUGCUCUCGACAAGCAGCAAACUAGUACUUUUGAUACACUCACUAAUGGUGAUUCAGGGAAUACAAAACUAGAUUUACCAUUAAAACAAAAUGAAUCAGAUCGGAAACAGGCCAAACUUAAACAUGUCUUCUCAGCCAGACAGAACAAUUAUAUUAAAUAUCAGAGAUAUGCUGAGAGUGAUGAUGAACAGGGAAAGGAGGUUGAGGCAGGUGAUCUGAAAGUGAACACAAGAAUGGACGAUGAUGAGGAAUCGAUGCCGCUUAGAGAAAUGAGAGAUAGCGAGCAUUUAAUCAAUGAUUUACAUGCGUUGAAAGAGCUGGAGAGAGCAAGACUUGGCGAUCGUGUUCACGACAAUGCGAAGAACAAAUUUGGUGUCAUUAACAUCGAUGAGGAGGCGAGAGCCAAGAACGAUUUGAUCUCGAGGGAGCUAAGGAAUAUUAAGAAAGGAAUGCUGUCUAUGAGAGGGAACACAACGGCUAAGAGAGAUCUUUUUGCAAAGAAAGAGAAGGAUCAAAGCAAGCUAGAGGCUUUCUCAAAGACAGACAGCAAUGUUAUAGUAAAUAAAGCACUUAUAAACGACAACUAUGACAAAGCCAAAAUGGCACUUGAAGAGAUCAUUUCAGAGAGGCAAAAGAGAAAUGAUAACUUAAAAGAGCAGGAGGGAAAUCCAGUAUUAAAUGAGAAUGCUGGUGAUGAAAGUCAAGUAGCGAGGGUAAAGCAACGUAAACAAUCUAUAAAAGAUACUGUCACAGAGGCCAAGGAAAAUCAAAUGGGUUAUGCUCAUUCACUUAAAGAAACAGAUUUAAAAGAGCGGUUAGGUGAUCUGAGAGAUCACAAUCACAUAAGAAAUAUCCUUUCACAAACUGAGCCAGGACUUGUAGAGACUUACAAAUCAGCUGGUAAGAAUGCUCUCCAAAGCAUGAAUAACAUUGGCAACGAGCCUAACUCACUCGUAAAAACUAAAAGUAAAGAUGUCCAUGUUAAACAAACAAAUAAUCUAAGACAUGAUUCAGAAGAGGUGAAUUUUAAACAUCUAGAAAGACAGCUAUCUAAAGACAGCGAAGACAAUUGGAUGUACCAAAAUGGUGGCAAAAGGGUAGAUGCUCCUCCUGUUCCUCCUAGGAGCAAAAAAGGAGGAACUACAAGAGAUGGAAGCAUCACAAAGGAGACAGAUAGUUUGAAAGAUUUUGAGGAAGAGAUCUUUAAAAAUGAAGGAACAUAUGAAAAUGGUGUUGUACACUUAGAAGAAAGGGCUACAGGUUCAAGCAAACGAGAAGUAAGCAGUCACCUUUUCACAAAAGAAGCUGUGUCCAGUCAAAGUGAAACCUGUUCAGAUAAAAAGUGGCAAGAUGUGGUACAAAAUGCAAUUUCUAAUUUGACCGCUGCUACUGAUUCAGUUGUAACUGAGUCCAUUUCACCUGUGAAAUACCCCCAGUCUGAAAAUGCAUCGUGUUUAUCAUCACACCUAAGAGAAAAUGAAUGUAAGGCAGAUAAAUUUUUGGCAGAUAUGAGCCCAAAAAAGGAGGCCACAGUCGAAAGCAGCAAUGACAGGAUACAGGAAAUAUACAAGGUCAAGCGUAAAGCUCCUUUGAAACCAGACCAUUUGGACACACCAGAUGACAGUACAACUAACCAUUUGGUGGAAGCACAACCUAACAAAAUGAAUAGAACUAGUAACGAAAUAAAACUAGAUUCAGAGGCUCUCAGUGAAAGCCCCAGGGAAAUUAUAUCACCCUUACUACUGGUAAAUGGCAUUAGCAUCAAUCAGAGCCCACCUGAUCAUGCCAGCUUGUCCUCAAAAUCUUCUUACUUCUCUGUGGAGAGUGCUCUACACAGAAAUACUGAAACCGAGUCAAAUGUUUACCACUCUCUGGAGAACUUGAUUGGAGAGGUGGAAGAGGUUGAUGAGGUGAUGCAGAAUAUUCCACAGAACACAAAAUGGGAUUCCGACAGGAUUGAGGUGGAAUACUACUCUUUGAGUGAUCAUGAAAGCGAGCCAGAUUGUGUAAGGCAACCAAUUAGGUCUCCUAAAAAAGAAGAGACAGAAGUACCAUACAUGCACAGCAAAGAGGGUGAAAACGCUUCUUCAGAUCAAUGCUCAACCCAAGAUGAACAUAAUCAGAUACCAUUGUCACCCUUAAACACUUUCUCACCAUCUUUGGGAAUCCCUGCCUUGUUUAAGGUCAAAGACAACACUUUCAGUAAUAAGGUAAAGAAGACUGUACAACCCUGGUCACGAAGAGGGAGUCUGAGUGUUUCAGUAAGGGGAGAGGAGGAAUUACAUCAAGUUAAGGAAAAUCCAGAGCUUCUUCCAACUGGUGAACCUGCCAACAGUGAAAUCAUACCAAUCCAAGAGAAAAUCUUCAAACCUAAACAGAUUUCAACAAACAUUUCCCCUCCCCUACUACUGUCUCCUUCAAAUCUGCAAACUGAAACCCCAAAAAAAACACAAGUGGGAGGAUUCCUUACUGUACCACAGGAGGAUGACAGGUUUUCCGGUGUGAGUCCAUCUUCAGAAGGCGUGGAGAGCUUCACAACUAGUACGGCUGACACAGCUGAUGAGAUGGGAGCAAAUGAUGAACUGCUGGUAGAGUGUGAAGUGUCAAAGGUCCCCAGUGAACGAUCAGGGUCCACCUGCAGUGGUAAUGAAAGCCAAACGGGGCUGCCCAAACCACCAGCUGUCUUGCCCAAAUCUGAAAAGGCAGUUCUUAAAGCCAUUAAGCUUGCAACUAGAAGGAUGAAAAAGGAGGAGGCCCAGAAGUCUCCCCUCAAGUCCUCUCAAGGUAGCAGCAAGCAGAGAGUGGAUAGACACAAGGGGGAGAAAUCUGAGCACAAAAACAGCAGCAGCAGAAGUAAAAGCAGCAAGAGCGGUGAAAGAAAACACAGAGAGAAAACAGAGGACAAUCACAAUCAAAGUGAAAAUCACCAAAGCAAGAACAACUUGAGUGAGCAAGUAGUCCAUGAAAGAAGAGGCCACGUCAGGGAAAACUACCAACUGGACAAAAACGACCAGAAUCAGGAUACUCGGAGACAGAGCCAUGAUUUGGUUGAGAGCAAUAACCAUAACAAUGAGGCACUACCCAAGGUUGUCUCGGAAAGGCAAGGCCGCAGCAACAACAGACAAAUUCGAGACAAACCUCAAAGGCACUACAGUAGUGAUAGGGUCAUCAGCAAUGUACCUGUGUACAAAUCUCAAGUAAAUGACAGACCCAUGCCAGAAAGGCCAUUCUUGAGAUCACAAAGUAAUGAUAGGUUCUUAGGAGAUAAAUUGGAGCGAAGACUAAGCACCGAUAUGUCAGUCAAUGAGAGGCUUGAUCCAAGGUCCCAGCGUAUCGAGAAGUCUAUCAUGGAUGAGCUUCAGCAAAGAGGACGAGCCAGAGACAAGACAAGCAGAGACAACCCACUGAGAAGGAGUCACAGUAUUGAUGCCUACAGCACUGAAGUUCCUCACCCCUCAACCCUGUCACGUCAGUCAAGCCACAACAGUCACACCAGCCACACCAGCCAGCUUUCUCGCCCGUCUAGCAUUGAGCAUGCCAUCGUUACACAGUCGUUCCCAAUGACUCAACGUAAGCUCCUCCAGGAUCCAGAUUCUGGUCAGUACUUCUUUGUUGACAUGCCUGUACAAGUCAAGACGAAAACUUUCUUUGAUCCUGAAACAGGAAGUUAUGUGCAGUUGCCAGUCCAGCCACAUGAGGGUGCAGUUCCUCAGGCCUCGCCCUUGGAGGUUUUGACCCCUCCUCUGGUUGUUUAUCACGGAUUUGUCCCAGUGCCUUUGUCUCCCAUGGCUCAAAAAGGUCACAUCCAAGCCCAGCAUAUGGCACAAGAGGAGUUUGAUCAAAGACACUUGGAAAGGUCAAGGCAAAUGCUUUGUAAAGAGAGACAUCCAUAUGUAGAGCCUGUCUAUGGGCAACACGACCACAUAUUGGGGGAGUUUCUGGGCACUGAAGAGCUGGACUGUCCAAGCUGAUAGGACAUGAGAUAUUAAAUGAUUGAAUGUCACUUGAGCUACUGCUGAUUUGUUUUGUGAAAAAAAUGGUUGUCAUUGGAUUUCAGGGAUCAUUUGUGAUCAAGUGGUUAAGUUUCUGUGUUGGGCAACCACCAACUUUCUGGUCGGUGCUUCUUACUUUUGCCACAAUAAUUUUAAGACGGCAACAUUUCAGAGACGAAUUUCUCCCUGUUGGGUUGAUGGAUGCUAUUGUAAGAAUAGAAAGAAGCUCUUAAUUAUGCACACAUAUUCUGCCCUUUGACACUACUUCAGCUGUAGUGGAGAUACUUCAAUGUGAUGUUCGGACGAGAAGAGCCAGAAAUUCAAGGUACAUACAUACACCUAGUGUGGCUAUAUUAUCAUGAGACAGUGUUGAAAGUGGUCUCAGGAAGUAUUUCCUUGGAGGAUUUUCUCCUCAAGGUUUGAUGUUUUACUUGUCUUGGCCUUAUCUGGCUUUGGGCUCUUGAAAUGCCAUUUUCAUUAUGAGGAAUCAGUUUGACCUACAUGCAACUGGCAGGGGUUUAUAAAUGGUUCAUGUAUGAUAGUUGUUGAAUGCCGUUAUUUUAAUUUGGGUUUAUAGAUUUGUGUAAGAUAACAUGCAAUGCUCGAGUGCUCAGAGACAUGGAUGCUCCAUGUACAUAAUGUAUUUAAGUGUAAACAGAAAGGGUAAGCUUGAAUGUAAAUGAGGAGUAUUUAUUGUAAAUGCAAAGAGUUUGUUAUAUUCAACUACAGUAGUAUUGUGGUCUUCAUCACUUUUCAAAUAAUGGAUUUUAGUUUUCUGAAGAGUUUAUUGGCCCGCACAUUUAUUUUUUAACUUUGAAGUAAGAGAGUGUGUCAAUUAUCAAGAGCUUCUUGAAACAGAGAUAAUUUAUUCAAACAUUUUCUUAAAUUUGUAUAGUUAUUGAUUUAAACCAUUGUGUCCCAACAACUAAAUUAAGAAACAUUUUGCAUGCUGAAAUGAAAAUCGCAAAAACACUUAUGUGUGUUUGAUACAACAACAAUUGUAUUUCUACUGAGCAAAAGCUUUGAUUGGUAUUUUGAGGAUUUUUUUUAAAUGCAGAAGACAUGAAAAGAUGAUUUUUUUUUCAAGUUUGUUGCAUCAGAUUUUUUCUAACCUAGAAUAUUGCAGGGCUGUUUGUGUCUGUGAUGCAUUCCAAUAAAAAAAACAACUGUUGUUACAGA